AGUUGUAUUCCAACUCUCUAGUAAGUGAGACCCAAGCAAAGCUUUGUGCCUAACAAAUUCCUUUUAAAAUAGAAAUAAACUUGAGUUAUGUUGAUCUUGAGUGGUUUUAAAUUUUAAUUCAUAUGAACGGCAACUAAUAAUUCACUAAUUGGUAAGUUUGUUUGAGUUUGGGUAAAUCCGUUGUAGUUGUAUCCUUUUUAUUUGUUAUUGUUUAUUUUACAAAAUGCAUGCCUCUUCAAUUUAAAAGGACUUAAGUUUUAACAAACUCUCAUUAUUUAUUCUUUACGGCAAUGCCGUUAUAGUUAUACUAGCUUUUCUCAUUCUGUUGAAAUAGUUGUACACAAACCUUACGAGAGAACUAAUAAUUUAUAAACUGUAAAACGCCAGGCCGUAGUGCCGUAGUCGUAAUUUAAUUAUAAUAAACUUGUGUUUUAAAUUAGUAUUACUACUAUAAAGUAAAUUAAGCAUAGCAUACAUUCUAGUAAAUUUAAUGUUAGAUAUUUAAUAUAAGUUAUAAGUAUAACUAAAACUAUUAGUAAUAUAGUAAUAUAGUGAAUAUAGGCCUACUUUUAAAUUUAAUACUACUCUUUUGACAAAUUGAGACAUUUGUCAUAAUUUGACUGAGCCUAGAACUAGAGUGCUUAGACGGCCUAGUCAAUUUUGACAGUACCGGGGAUAUAAUGUCAUGUAAUAUUAAUAUAUAUAUAUAUAGAUAUUUAUAUAUAUAUAUAUAUAUAUAUAUAUAUAUAUUCAAUUUAAAUUAUUGGCUACCGGUAUUGAAAUUUAUAGUUACAAGUACAAGGCCAAGGCCUUAUUUAUUAAAUUCAAAAACUAAUUCCACAUGAUAUGGGCCUAAAUGACAAAAAAAUAUUUAAUUUUAAACUUAUGGUUUUUUAUUAUUUUGUUUGCAGUUGGUUUGUUGAACAGCAUUUGCUGAUGAACACUUCACCAAAUAAAGUGGACGUGGAAUGUACUUGUUAUAUCUCAUCUGAACAAAAGACAAAAUCACUUGAUACUUUUUUCACCUUGUUUGUGUGGCAUUUGUUCCUAACAAGAAACUGAGAUCUUGUGUCUGCUGAUAGCAACACUCAAUUUGUAUUCAUCUAUAACAUAACUAAAAUGGAGCAUAGUUUGGAAAAUCAUUCCAAUCAGAUGCUGCCGCUAAAAGAAGUUAGCAACGGUUUCUAUGAAAACUCAGACAUGGAUGACAUUGAUGAGUUUUGUUGGCCUUACAGUAGCCCUUAUAAUCAACCUGGAUCAUCAAGCAUGGAUACUGGAAUGGUCAGCGGUGACCAAUCCCUGGAAGAAAUGGGUCUAAUUACUAGAUAUGAUUCAUCAUCUUAUGUUAACUCUCCCCCUAUGGAACUUGCUCCGCCUAGCAACAUAUCAACAUUACCAUCUGAAGAUGAAUGUGUUGCUUUAGACGAUGCCGUUGAUGACGACAAUGACAUGGAUGUGCAUCACAAGGAAAUGCGAAUUGACGUAAAAUAUCGUCUCCACAAAAAGAUUGAGGAUCGGGUAACGGCAACGGGCAAAGUACUCCCUAUCAAAACUAAAGAGUCUGUGGAUAAUACAGUAACGGUAAGAUUUGUACUUUAAAUAGGAAGCAUACCUAUGAGUAAGAUAUUAAAACUUUUAAUGAACAAAACUUUAAUCAUCUUAUACUUAUAUAGCUUGUAUCUAAUAUUUGUUUUAUAAGAAAUCAAAUGUUAUUACCUUUAAAAAUAUCUUUGUCAAUAAUUAUAAUUGAUUUAAAAUUUGUUUGUUAAUAUUUUCAAUACAGCUGACAUGGGAAGAAACGAAGAAAAGUGAAGUCAAGAAAGAGCGUAACCGCAAAGCUGCAAAAAAAAGCAGAGAUAAGAAGAAGGAAGAAUUCGAUAAUGACUUGCAGGUUAGGGGCAGGUAUCUUUUAUAUUUUAGGACCACUGAAUUUUUAUGUUGCUAUUUUUUUUUAUGUGUACAAUGUUGCCAGUUAGCGUGUCUUGUUGAAAUCCUUUAGAAUAAAAGAAUGUAAGCUUUAACUUUAUUUUAUUCUAACGCUUUUCAUAGUUGAUGCAAGGUAAUAUAUAUGUGCCAUUUUUCAACAGAUUGAAAGGGAGAUGUGUUUGAGAAAUGACCUUUUGAAAAAACAGAUAGCUGAUCUCAGUUUGGAAGAAGCUUGGCGCCAAUGUGUUUGUAAUGAUAUGAAACUCGCCUGCUCUACUGAAGGUAAUUUUAAAGAUUCUUUCUCAUGUUUUAAUAAGUUAUAGUUUAUAGGUUAAUAACUAUGAUAGCUAUGCUGAUAUUUUGUUGCAUUUCUAUGUCCUUUUGAUUACAUUUAUGUUGAGAAUGUCCAAAAAUAAUGUUCUUACCUAAAGUUUAAUGUAACAAUUCCUUAUUCUAUAAUAAACAGGACAUUUUUUUAUGACGGCACGGCCUCUAAAUAAAGAUGAUCGUGCUGCUAUAAAUCUCAUACAAGAGCUUCAGGCCAUUGUGGCGCCCAAAGACAAGAACUCGUUUGAAGGUGCUCAUAGUGUUCCUAUGGAGCUCAACGCAUUAACCUCAUAUUCGUCCCAGCUUGUGACAUCUUCUUCAAAAUAUUCUGCGAAUUCUAACACGCCUCGCAACAUCAGUUUUGGCAGUGGGGUAUUUAAUGGAUGUUACGCUAAUAGUAAUUCCUCAAAUUUAUUUUACCCAGCCGAAGAAAUAUGUACCGGUACAAAUAAAAAUAAUAGUACAAAUAAAAGUAUUAAAUAUGACCGUAAUCGGUUAAAUGAAAAUGCUGGAGAUAAUUGUUUAGCACCCAUGGUAAAAAAAGUUAGGAUAGAGUAGUGUCUCACCUUUGUUACAAAAAUUGUUGACAAAUAGUGGAAAAUUAGCUGG